AUGGUGGCCAAGAUAAGGGAUUUACAACAAUCUCUUGAUGGGGCGAAGGAAGAUCUUGACAACGAAAAGGCAAAGUGCGAAAAACGGGCGCUGGAACUUAAAGAGCUGGGAAAGAGGUACGAAGCUAUGUUGCGGUCGAUGCUGGUUUUGGAAGGAUCUCUCGGGCGGAGCAUUGAGACCCUGAAGAAGCAGAAGUCGAGCCGGAUUGAAGUUAUCGCUAUUUGCCUGCGAUGGAUCAAUUCCCGGGGGGUGGUGAGCGAGGCCGAGGAUCGGUUUCGCUCCAACAGCGAUCUUGUCUACACGGCCCGGGAAACGGCAGUGCUGGCCGGGUGCACCGUGGCCGAUAUCGUGCAUGGGUUCGGCGCCGAGGGUGAUCCGACUCCCUGCACCCUGAUUGUGUUCGACUUCGAGCUCGACCGUAUCAAGCUUUCACGAACGAUCCAUUAG